AUGGAGGUGUUGACCACGAAAAGAAAUAAGAAGAAAUUAGUGCACAACGAUUAUUUAUAUUACAAACAAAAAAAUGUGAAAAUUGGUAUCCGGUGGGUGUGUGUUCACAAAGGGUUAUGUGAUGGAUCAGUUACAACUGACGAUGGAAUCAAUUUUGUUUUAAAGUUUGGAGAUCACCAUCAUAAAGGUAAUACUGACUUAAUAAAUGCAGAAAGAGCUAAAUGUAUUAUGAAGAACGCAGCAAAACAAAACUACGAUAUACCGUCUCGAAUUUUUUCACUUAAUGUAAUCCCAUUAUCCAACGAAAGUAGACAGUUAAUUCCGAAAGAAGAGUCGAUGAAAAGGACUUUACGGCGUGUCCGUAGCAAUAUUUAUCCUAAAAUUGCAAAAAUAGACGAUAUCAUAUUGGAAGGAACACAGUGGAGUACAACCGGUGGAGAACUCAAUCCAGAACCAUUUUUAUUUUACGACAACAAAAAUAAUAAUAAUCGUAUUAUAAUAUUUUCUUCAAAAACGUGCCGCGAAAUUUUAUCUGAAACUAAAAUAAUAUAUAUGGACGGAACAUUUUCAACUUGUCCUUCUGAAUUCUACCAAGUAUACAUAUUACAUGCAAGCAUAAAUAAUUUAAUAAUUCCCGUGAUGUACGCUUUGCUUCAACGUAAAAAUAAGGACACUUAUAUUGAGUUAUUGUCUGCUAUACGGGAUCAAUUUGUAUCGCUUUCAAUAAUUUCAAUUGAUUUCGAACAAUCUGUAAUACAGGCUAUCAAGGAAGUAUUUCAUGAUGAAGUAUCGGUGCAGUUAUGCUAUUAUCAUUUAAACCAGUCUAUCUGGCGAAAAGUUCAGGACUUGGGUUUGGCUAUAAAAUAUAAAGAAGACAAAAACUUCAGAUCAGCCGUAAAAAUGAUUCCUGCAUUAGCAUUUCUUCCAACCAAUACUGUAAAAAGAGGUAAUUUAUAUUUUUUUCAAAUAAGUAAUAAAUAA